AUGGAUAAAUCUGUAUCAGAUACGGAAAUUAACGUUUUGUCCACUAAUAACAAGACUCCACCUAAUUAUGUAUUUCAACGAACCAAGAGGACUAGAGAAGAAAUGGCUGAUUCUCGUAUCUGCGUGGUGCGUGGAUCGUCUUGCAAACAGCGCGUAAGUCUUACUGUACUUUCUACGGUAACAGGUGGCGACUUGUGCUCUGAAGAAGUACAUCACAAAUCAAGAUAUCAAGACACCAUGGACUACGAAUCCAGUGAUGAUGAGGGGGUUCUUGACCUAUGUAAAGAACUAGGAAUAAGAAUACCGCCGAAAAAGAAAAAUGACAAUAUUACCACCAGGGAUAACUUAGAAAACAUUGACAUUAACAACUUGCCCGUUGUUAUAAUACCCAACAAUACCUACGUAAGCAGCGAGGUGAGUGUACAUAAACUUUCCGAAUUCCAUAACAAUGUAAUGAUGGUAGAAACUACAGCUCACUCGCCUAUGUUACCGUCGAAUGAAGAACCUAUUGAUAUAAAUUUUGCGCAAACAAGUGUACAGACCCUACAUUAA